AUGGCCUAUUGCACCGAAAAAGAACGAACAUACCACGCUUUCAGAGGACCCAUCGGUAUGAAACACGCCUCUCUCAUCAAAUUCAUCACUAACAUCGCGCCACAUCAGUCUGAGCAAGAACGCUUAGAUCUUCAACAUCAUUUGUUCACGCUCACUCUUGGCGGAAAGCUAUAUCUCAGCCCAAUUGGAGAUACCAUGCAUUUGAGCCGCCCUCUGGAUGCAGGAACCGGCACUGGUGUCUGGGCGAUUGACUUUACCGAUGCUCAUCCCGAAACACAAGUCAUCAAUAUCGACCUCUGCCCAAUUCAACCAAACCUCCUCCCCACGAAUCUCCAAUUCCAAGUCGACGACCUCGAAGACGAAUGGGCAUUCAACUACCCCUUCGGCUUCAUCUUCGCCCGCAUGAUGACCGGCUCAAUCGGCGACUUACCCAAAUUCUUCGCCCAGUCCUUCAACGCUUCUAGUCCCGGCGGUUGGGUUGGAUACCAAGACAUAACAUUCCCGCACAAUGCGACGACGGGACCCUCAAAAAGGAUUCUUACAUUGAUCAGUGGUCCAGCUUCAUGA